CGUUAGGCUCCUCGACCCCAACGUUCUCCUUUUCCUUCUCCCCUCGCCUCUCCGAUCUCCCAUCCCCGAGACCUCGACCCCCAUUCCAAUUCCAAGCAAAACACCCCAACUCAUACGCAAAAAAUUCAAACCCUAGCCAUGGCGACGGGGGCGGCGGCGAAGACUCCGACCAAGCAACCGGUCCCCGGGGCGACGGCGAAGACUCCGGCCAAGCUCCCGGCCCCGGCGGCGCCGAAGACCCCGGCCAGACCCUCGACCACGGCCGCGGCGGCGAAGACCCCGUCCAAGUCCGCCUUGCGCGCGCGCGCCCCACAGGCCUGUGAGAACUCCGACCCGAACAUCCUCGCAUCCCCUCCCCCGCCGGCCUCGAAGUCGAAGACUCCGGUCAGGACCUCCGCACGGAAGAAGCGCUGCACGCCCGCGCCCGCGCCGCCGCCGCCGGUCCCGCAGCGGCGGUUCCUCGUGGCGAAGAAGGGCGCGCGGCGGAGGCACAACGGCGUGAGCGGUGGGGGCGAGUUCGACUUCGACAAGUGCCGCGAGGCCGCACGCGAGGCUCUGCGCGCGUCGCAUGAGGAGUUCUUCCGCAAGGAGCACGCGGCAUCCGCCUCCACGGAGGAGCAAUCGCAAAAGGAGGAUGAGGAGAAGGAGGAGGAAAAGGUGGCCCAGGAGGAAGCAAACAGUGGGGCCUUUCAGGAGAAGGAGGAGGAGGAAGAAGAAGCGGAUGUGGCGGAAUUGGAGGGUAGUAGCAAGGUGAGGGCGAUUAGGAGCAGAGUGAUGGCAAAGGCAUUGAAUACCGUGCCGGAUUCUGGGGCUGGCCGCGUCAAGCACCUGGUCCAUGCCUUCGAGAGCCUGCUCUCCAUCUCCGGCGCUACCUCUGACGCUGAUCGGGCCGGUGAGGAAUCCUGGGCGCUGCCUGGGCUGCAGCCUUGGAGGGACGAGAGCGACUUUGGGGUUUCGUCUGAUUUCCCCGACACAGAGCCGAGCAGGCGUUGUACUUCACUCGAUGGCAACAGCAACAGAUCGAGCUGGGACAGUAGGACGUCGGCCGGAGGGCAUAAGAGCCGGCGGAACUCAUCUGAAUCGUUACGGAGCAGCUGGAAUAGAAAGCUCAAGGUUACUAGCCAGCAUCCUUUCAAGCUGAGAACAGAGCAAAGAGGAAGGGCCAAAGAACAGCACUUUAUUCAAAAAGUACAGGAAAUGCUUAUUGAGGAUGAAAAGAAGCGCAUACAUAUUGCUCAAGGACUUCCCUGGACAACGGAUGAGCCUGAGUGCUUGAUAAAGCCACCGGUCAAAGAAAGGACUGAACCAGUUGACCUUGUUCUCCAUAGUGAUGUACGAGCACUUGAGCGUGCUGAAUUUGAUCAAUACGUAUCAGAGAGGAUCAAGUUUGGUGAGCAACUAAGAUUGGAGAGGGAACAUCAACAAAAGUUGGAGGAGGAAGAAGUGAUAAGGCAGUGGAGGAAAGAGCUUGUUCCUAAAGCGCAGCCAAUGCCUUAUUUUGAUCGGCCAUUUAUCCCCAAAAGGUCAUCAAAAACCACAACAAUUCCUAAGGAGCCAAACUUUCAUCUGCGGCCUGAAAAGCUAUCAUGUUACUGUCGACAGCGAUGCAUGGUCACUGGAAAGCUGAAGGGUGUCUCCUCAUGAGCAAUGUGAAAGUCAACAGCAUCCACCAAGAACUGCUCGACACACAUGAUAAUGCUUCCAAUCUAUUAGAGUACCUAGCUUCUUCCUGUUCACCAAGUGCAAAGAACCACAGCACCAUCAGAUUUCAUUUUGUAGCUUGGAUAUCACUCCAACUUCUGUUUUGUACAUGCGUUAUGCAAUACCAGUAGCUCUGUGCUUCAGAUGCGCACCACUCCGGGGUUGAAAGAACUGUUGUACAAGAAACCACGGAAGGGAAAUUGUAUUCCCAAGUUGAUUCUUGAAAAACUCGAAAUGUCGUUAUGUUGAUAUAUACAUCUGGAUUCUGAAAAAAAGUACCUUCUGGUGAUUAGCUGUUA